UUCAGGCAUAGCAACACCCAAACAUCACAACAUUAUUCACAAAAACUGAAAGCAGAAGCAGAAAAGUAACGUUUUGAGAUGGAUCAGACAAAAAGACCUUUGUUAAUACCUCCAGAAUUCGCAAAUUAUGCAGAACACCAUGGCGUUUUCGACAUGUAUAAGAGAUUAUUAGAGCAGCUGAUUAUUACCAAACCAGCAGACCCUGUAGCUUAUCUCAUUGAUCUGUUAAAGAGAGAAAAUGAUGAUGUACCACAAAUUGUUAUUCUUGGUCCACCAGCAGCUGGGAAGAGAUCAAUUGCUAAACUCAUUUGUGCAAAGACUCGUGCAGCUCACUUGACCAUGGAGAACCUGAUAGGUGAUGCAGAACUUGACUUGAGAGAAAAGGCUGAAGAUUGUAUUAACAGUCAAAAAGCGGUUCCAACAGAGUUGUGGUCAAAGAUAAUAGAACAACGUAUGCAGUUAUUUGAUUGUGUGAAAAAGGGAUGGGUGAUGGAAGGUUUUCCCCAAACUAGAGAACAAGCAUUAGCAUUACAAGAGAAGGGAAUCUAUCCCAAACAUUGUGUUGUACUGGAGUCUCCUGAUACAGUAUUAAUCGAAAGAGCUUCUGGUAAAAGAAUUGACCCUAAAACAGGAGAUGUGUAUCAUACAACCUUUAAUUGGCCAAGUAAUGCAGAGAUUCAAUCAAGAUUAGAAGAGGCUACUGGUUGUACAGAAGAAGAAAUGAUAACUAAACUUAUAGUCUAUCAUCGGCAUAUUGAUGCUAUUCUACGUUGUUAUGAUAAAGUUUUAAAGAAAGUCAAUGCAGAUCAACCUAAAGCAGAUGUUUUUGCACAAGUGUUUACAUUUGUCUGUAGUCAACUACGAUCUAAUACCCCCCACACACCUCGAGUUGUUCUUCUUGGACCUACUGGAAGUGGAAAAGCAGUACAAGCUGCAUUAUUGGCAUCUAAAUAUAAUCUUGUAAAUGUUUCAUGUGGGCAACUCAUAAAACAGGCCAUAGCUGAUGAAACAAAAACAGGACAGGCAGCUAAAAGUUAUGUCCAGAAAAAAAUUAUGGUUCCAGACAGUCUGGUAUUAAAUAUAUUAAAAGAUAGACUAGGUCAAUUAGACUGUGUCACAAGAGGUUGGGUGUUACAUGGUUAUCCAGUUACCCGAGAACAAGCUGAACAAUUAGAAAAAGAGGGAUUAGUGCCUAACAGAACAUUUUUCCUGGACGUACCUAAUGAUUCUGUAUUAGAAAGAUUAACACAGAGAUAUACAGAUCCUAUCACUGGCGAACGUUAUCAUUUACUAUACAAUCCACCUAGAACACAAGAUGUCAAGGACCGAUUACAACGACACGGCAAAGAUAAUGAUGAUGAUGUCAGAAAACGUUUAGCUCAGUACCAUGCUUACGCAGAAGAAUUGAGUGACUUUUAUGUGGACGGACAACAUAUCAACGCAGAUCAAGAUCCACACACUGUGUUUGAAACGUUAGAAAGUAUGAUUGUUGAGCCAUUACCUAAGAGACUUCAAUAAUACUCACAUCAGCCUUAUUAUGAAUCUUACAGCAAACUAAUUGACCUUCUAAAAGAAUAUGAAGAGUUUUCUUUCAUUUUAUUUUAUAUAUCGGCAUUUAAAUUUUAAGCAGAAAUAUUGUAUUAUAUGAAAUCAGCAUUGGAUUUUUAAGCAGAAAUAUUGUACAUAUUCGACAUUGUCAUCUUAUAAAGGCAACACUAGAUAUGUAUUUAAAAUAUUUUAUUGUCUAUUGAUGAU